AUGGACCUUGCACAUAACAAAUUAUCAGGACCCAUUCCUCGAUGCUUUAGUAGUUUGAGUGCCAUGGUGAAACUCAACUCUGAUAUAAUAAUGGCCGGACAUGGUUGGGAAAAACCAGUAUUCUUGGUAACCAAGGGAAAAGGGUAUGAAUAUGGCAAUAAUCUUUAUCUCGUCACAAGCAUGGACCUUUCGAGUAACAAUUUAAUUGGAGAAAUCCCUGAUGAACUCACCAGUCUUUACGGCCUACAAUUCUUGAAUUUGUCCAACAAUCAACUUCAUGGAAAGAUUCCUGAAAAGAUCAAUGCCUUGAAAUUAUUGGAAUCUCUCGAUGUCUCAAUGAAUCAACUCACAGGUGUAAUACCUCAAAGCAUGGCAAAUUUAACAUUCUUGAGUUAUUUAAAUUUAUCAUAUAACAACCUUUCUGGUAGAAUUCCGUCAGGCACUCAGCUUCAAAGCUUUAGUGCACUGAGUUUUAUUGGCAACCAUGAUCUUUGUGGACCUCCACUUAUGCCGAGCUGUGUUGGAGAUGGCUCAUCCCUUGAGACAACACCAAAUGCUGAAGAUGAAGGCAGAGAGGACAGUGCAUGGAUCGACAUGAAGUGGCUUUAUAUGAGCAUGCCAUUUGGAUUUGUAGUGGGGUUUUGGGGUGUAUUUGGUCCAUUAGCAUUCAACAAGGCUUGGAGAUCGGCUUUCUUUAAGUUUUUGGAUGACAUGAAGUAUAAAUUCUUCAACGGUGAUUAAAAGAGUGAAAAAAUGGCAAGACCAUGCGCUUGAAUGUUGGACAAAGAGAAUUGUUGUUUUUAUUCAAUAAAGCAUUGUUGUCCUUUGGUUGUACUUUUCUAUUUUAUGUAAAACUCUUGUUGUGGUUCAAUAUUACACUGCUUUGUUAGAA